AUAUGGAGAUGAAAAUCAUGAAAACAUCACCAGAUUGUUAUUCCUCUUCUUGCAGUUAUAAAACACGAAAAGAGCAGUGAUGAUUUUUUGGUUCGAUUUCUGGAUGUGAAUUUUAGAGCUGAUGGACGAUAAAAUGCUUUUCUGAGAAGGAAGCAGCUGAGUUCCGCGAUCCUGCCACCAACUGUUGCUGCUUCGUUUCGAGGUUUGAGCGAAAAAAAAAUGCAAUCCUCUCCUACUUCCUGCAAUGGGCGAGGAUCGGUUGCGACCACCGAAAUCGAUGGUUCCCGGCUGAGCGUCAUGGCGAAGCAGCCGCUGGACUUUUUAACCCGCACCGACGAGGGUAACUUUACCGUAACCAAUUCCGACAUUCUGUGGACUGCGAUUUCGAUCUUCAGCCGAAUUGUCAGCGUAUUGCUCAACAUCAAUCUCGCUUACGAUUACUACCGAAAGGGUAAGAUAGAUUAUUUCAUCUGGACAACCUGUGGCAUUCUGAUUCCUGGCCUAGUGACCAUGACUUUGACGGUUUAUAUGUAUUUGGAGGACAUGAAGGAACAUAAGAGAGCCAACAAGCGAUGCUCGGAAAUUCUAGUCUUCGUCAUUAUCGUUCCAUUCUUUUUUCGUUACUGUCAAUCACUGACUUACGCAAUACAAAGCAGGGAUGCGGAAAAGCGUAAAGAUCGUGAGACUCAGAAAAAGUACUACGAAUUUAUGAUCCAGGAAGAUAGUGACGUAGCAUUGGUGAGAAUAUUUGAGUGCCUGUUGGAGGCAGCUCCGCAAAAGAUUCUUCAACUGACGAUUGUUCUGUCCGGUGAAGAUCGCAUGACUUGGGCCCAGCUACUUGCUAUUUUGGGCUCGAUUACCGGCAUCGCUUGGUGUAUGGCAUCGUACUACCGGUGCAUACGAUUCUCGCAACCGGACAAGCGGCACAUCUCGUGGCUGGGAACCAUUUCGCAGAUUCUUUGGCACUUCUCGGUGACCGUGUCACGUGUGUUGGCGAUUGCCAUAGUUGCCAGCGUGUUUCCAACUUACAUGCUGAUCGCUUGCUUCGUCCAUUCAUUCGCCAUGACUUUGUGGAUACUGUUUUUCGAUCGGUCACCGUUCUGCAGUAUCACCAUGCUGCAUAGUUUCCUGUUUUCGCUCGUUCUCGGCAUUGUGUUCAUCUUUACCUAUAUUUUGCCGAGAGUUGGACGGACUUUCCAUCGGUACCUCAUCUACUACAGCCUGUGUGGGGUGGAAAACGUCGUCUGCGUCAUCAUUUAUAUCUACUAUGUGAGCAAUCCAACCAUCAGGGACACGUGCUACCUCCAGGUGCUUUGCGUGGCAUCGAUUGUACCCUUCUUGUUUGGCAUUUUGUGCAUGAUUUGCUACUACAAUUACUUCCAUCCCAAUAUCAUGUCGAGGAAGAAACCGAUCUGCGGUGCUAGCGAGGACAGCGCUUCCUCCGAGAACGGUGAUCAAAGGACGAACUGUGCAGCUUUUCACCAAUGAGCAUUCAUAGUAUUAUUAUCGGUUGUAUGAUUAGGUUAAGCAUAGUUUUUCCUUCUUUGUUUUUAUGUGUACAGUGUUCCAGUGGGUGUUUAUUAUUAAUCCAAACAGCCACCAGUGUGUUGUGCUGUUUUUGUUUUCAUUGCUAAUCUUGUUCACGUUACGAGAAACGCAGACUGAGCAGAACCCAGAUAUGACAAUGCGAUAUUCUAUAUUUUGGAUACUCAUUUAUAUUCUACAAUUUAGGACAAUAUAAACAUAUCAAAAGGAAGAA